AUGGCUGUCCAGCAGCAGCCCACCCAGGUGGGGACAGUCCCCAUUUCUGGGCAGUGGAGCACCGACCUCUGUGAUUGCUGCGUCAAUAUGGAGACCUGCUGCUGCGGCUUUUGGUGCCUCCCCUGCAUGCAGUGUGAUACAGCCAGUAAACAUGGCUGGUGCUUUGGCUGGCCACUCCUGGACUGCUGUGGUGUGGUGUCCUACCUACUCCGCAAAUCCAUCAGAGAGCGCUACGGCAUCCCAGGCUCGAGCUGUGAUGACUGCUGCAAAAUAUGUUGGUGUUACCCCUUGGUCUGGUGCCAGAUGCAUCGUGAGCUGAAGAUCAGGAAAACCCAGCGGCCCGCCACCUCGACUGCAGUCACCACACCGCCUGUCCGUGGAUAA